AUAUCAAGUCAUGCAGAAUGCAUGAUCUUGUGCAUGAUCUUGCAAUAUUAAUUGCUGGGAGUGAAUCUCAGAUGGUGAUGGUAAGUAGUAAAGAUGAUGAUCGAGAAGUUAUCAUGCACUCUAAUAAAUUUCGUCUCUUAGGGUUACAACUGCUCGAUAAAGAUGUCUCAGUAAUCCCCUCGGAGAUUUAUAAUGCCUCCAAUGUGCGAACCUUUGUUUCUUUUUGUCCACUCGACUAUGAGAUCCAAGGUAAUGGUGCCUGGGCUAAGAAAAUCUUCAACGUGAGUUUGCUGAGGGUUUUAAAUCUAAGUCACACAGGAGUUGAAGAGUUGCCUCAAUCAAUUUCCAAAUUAAAGCAUCUUCGGUAUCUUGAUAUCUCACAUACUGGAAUUCAUACUUUCCCUGCUUCUUUCCGUCAGCUCUACAAUUUACAAACUUUGAUCCUCACAGGAUGUAAGUUAAAAGAGCUUCCCAAAGACAUGAGAAAGCUGAUCGGUUUGGAAUAUCUGGUAUUCAGUGAUAGACCUGAUGUGUACAAUCAAACGCCAAGAGAAGUAAGCAGAUUCAGUAAGCUUAAGAAAUUAUCUGUAUUCGUUGUGGGAAUAGGCAACGGUUAUGGUAUAGAAGAAUUGGAACGUCUAAAUCUCCUUGGAGGUAAACUGAUUAUUACAAAUUUGGAAAGGGUAACAGAUGCAAAGAAAGCAAAUUUGAAAGGGAAGAAAGGUAUUAUACACUUACACCUACGUUGGGAUUCAGGAAGUUGUGAUGAUUCUAGUAGGAACAACAAAGAUAAUGUGGUGCUAAAUGACCUCCAACCUCAUGGAAAUCUAAAAGAGUUAACAAUAUUGUAUUUUGGUGGUACUGAGUUCCCAACAUGGAUGAUGAGUACUUCACUGCAUCUUCCAAAUUUGGUCAAUAUUACUCUAUAUGAUUGUGGUAAGUGUGAACAUCUUCCUGCACUUGGACGACUACAAUCUCUUAGAUCUCUUUAUAUGGAAAGAAUGGGAGCAAUCAAACAAAUUGGUGGUGAGUUCUAUCAAAGCAAUGGAGCAGCAUCAUUCCCUUCUUUGGUGAAGCUUUAUUUACGUUCUUUUUACAAUCUAGAAGAAUGGUUAGGAGACCAGCAGUCAUCAACAUCUAGUUUCCCUUGCCUUGAAACGUUGAAGAUCCUCGAUUGCAAUCAGUUAUUAACCACACCAACAAGUUUCCGAUCUCUCAAAAAGUUGGAUUUUGAAAUUAAGCUGAUUAGUUCUUCCCUCCUUAAAUCUCUACCUCUAAAAUUGAUUCGGGGAGGCAAUAACGUUCUGCAGACUUUGGUGGUCCGUGAUUGUAAAGAGUUUUCAGGCUUUCUUCUAGAUGAUGAGGAGCAACAACAUGAUACUUCUAACAACUUUCUUUCGAAGAUAGAAAUUUUGAGAUGCCCUUCUUUAACGUUUUUGCCGGCAGACUUGAGGGGAUUUAUUUCUUUGACCUAUUUGGCCAUUGAAGGGUGUGAAAGUCUUAAAUCAUUGCCAGACGGUAUACAAUACCUCCCGGCACUUCAGACGCUGAUCAUUGGUGGAUUUUCAGAACACUUGAUAUCUUUUCCAUUUCCAGCAGCCACCGGAUCUGAUGGUGAACGAUACUUCAUUUCCCUCCGUGAAUUAAAGAUAUGCGGGUGGCCUACUCUACUGGAUGAUGUGUUGCCAGACCAACUUCAACUCCUCACUUCAUUGGAGCUUCUCAGUAUAAAAGAUUUCCCUUGUCUGUUGGGUUUGCCUGAGUGGUUUGGCGAAUUAUCUUCCCUUCAAACCUUGGACAUAGAAUGUUGCAGCAGGCUGAAGUAUCUUCCUUCUGAAGAACAGAUGCUACGCCUAACCUCCCUAGAAAUCUUAAACAUCAGGGAUUGUCCACUAUUGCUCAAAAGAUGUUGUCGUUGUUGUGGCAAAGAAGAAUGGCAUAAGGUUGCACGUCUCAAACAAGUUGGCAGAUCAUCUCCCCUAGUGGAUGACGAAAUUACACGGGAUGCAGCCAUGAACGAAGAGCUCCUUGAACGUAGGAGGUCUGGGAUCUUCGCAAAUCAAUUCAAAGAGAAAUGCUGGAUUGACAGUUCUGGCCGCUACUGCUUCAUGUUGUUUCCAAGGAGUUUAUAUAUCGAAUGGGGGCAGGACAGACGUUACUGGAGAUGGCUUUCAAAAAUAGAGUCAUCAGCAAGUGGCGAUGGGGAGAUUGAAGUUCCUAGUCUAAUACAGGUGUCUUGGCUGCACGUGGAGGGGAAAGUAGACAUGUCAAAUCUCAACCCUGGAGUAAAUUAUGAGGUCGUAUUUGUAGUGAUGAUGUUUGAAGAAUGGAGCUGCGGAUGGGGCACUCCUGUGAAUCUUUGGCUAGUACUCCCAAAUGGACAAAAACUGGUUCAGAAAGUGAGCUUGGAAACCAUGCCGAAAUCAAAGUGGAUCGAGAUUCACGUUGGAGACUUUGAAACACCGCAACAGCCUGGUGACGAAGAAAGAAUCGUUCACUUUAUGAUGUUUGAACACGUGGAUCAGUUGUGGAAAAGAGGAUUUGUAAUCGAAGGUGCCAUUGUUCGACCAAAGAAGUAAAAUAUCAGCUCCCAUGUACGAAGAUGUCUUUUUUAUUUUUAUUUUUCUCUUUUUUUUCUUGUGUGUUUGUGUGGUGCGUGUGGGUUUUUUUUUAGUUGGUUUAAUUUCUAUUAAUCUUUUUUA